UUCCCAGGGGCAUAUACUUUUCAUCAACAACAAUGGGUUUCAAUCCAAGAAUCCAACUGUCUAUUUUCCUACUGUGCCUAUCUUUCAAUCUAUACACUUGUACCAACACAACAGUAUACCAAAUCCUCACAAAAUACAAUCUUCCACAAGGGCUUUUACCAAACUCAGUAAAAUCAUACUCUCUUUCCAAAGAUGGCACUUUUGAAGUUGUUCUUGGAAAGCCUUGUUAUGUUCAGUUUGAAUACUUAGUUUAUUAUGCUGAGAAGAUUAGUGGGAAGUUAAGUAUUGGGUCGAUUACUGACUUAGAUGGAAUUCAAGUUAAGAGAUUCUUUCUUUGGUUAAAUGUGAAUGAGAUUAGAGUGGAUUUACCAUCAUCCGGUAGUAUUUACUUUCAAGUUGGGAUUAUUAGUAAGAAGCUUGAUGUGAAACAGUUUGAAACUGUUCAUGCUUGUCGGGAUAAUGCUUUGGCCUUGUGUGGAACAUCUCUUAGACAGGUUAUUUUCAAGUUUCAUCUGUUUGGUUGGUUUUUUGUUUUCUUCAAUUGAAUUAAUAUAUUGUUGAUGGAGAAAAAUGUU